AUUAAAUUUAAUUUGAUUUAGGUUUGCAUUUAUGCAUUAAAAGAUGUGUUUUUGAGAAGUCUGUGCAUUUACCUCAUUUCUUUUCAGGGCAUCUAAUGUCACAAUGUCAGCACAGAAUCAAAUGUACCCUGAAGCAAAAAUGUGAGUGUGUAUUUGAAGGGAAAACUAAGGAAGGACAGCCAACACUUCUCAGUGAGAUUUACACAGAACUCUACAUAACUGAAGGGGGAACUGGAGGAGUCAAUGAUGAACAUGAAGUGAGACAGAUUGAAACAGCAUCCAAGAAAAGGCGAACAGAAGAUACUACAGUCAAGUGCAAUGAUAUAUUUAAACCCUUAUGUGGGCACGAGACACAGAUCAGAACUGUACUCACUAAAGGGGUGGCAGGUAUCUCUGUGCAGAAAUUUAUUCUAGACUGGGCUGAAGGAAAAGUAAACCAAGAAAUUCACUUUAUAUUUGCUCUUUCUUUCCGGGACCUGAAUUUGAUUAAGGAUGAAAACAGUCUGACUGAACUGCUUCACCACUUUGUCCCAGAACUGAAAUCAUUUGAAUCCACUGAGCUGUUUAGGUACAAAGUCUUGUUCAUCUUUGAUGGUCUGGAUGAGUGUCGCCUUCCUCUAGAUUUUCAGAACAAUGAGAGCUGGUUUGAUGUAACAAAGAAAACUUCACUGGAUGUGCUGUUGACUAACCUCAUUAUGGGGAAUCUGCUCCCAUCCGCUCUCCUCUGGAUAACCUCCCGGCCAGCAGCAGCCAAUCAGAUACCUCCUGAGUGUGUCCACCAGGUGACAGAGAUACGAGGGUUCAGUGAUGCCCAGAAGGAGGAGUAUUUCAGGAAGAGAUUCAGUGAUCAGAGUCUGGCCAGCAGGAUUAUCACACAUGUGAAAUCAUCAAGGAGCCUCUUCAUCAUGUGCCACAUACCUGUGUUCUGCUGGAUUUCAGCCACUGUGCUUAAGAGGUUUUUUAGUGAGACUGACAGGGGAAAAAAUCCAAAGACUCUGACUGAAAUGUACACACACUUCCUGAUUUUUCAGACAAGUUUAAGAAAUGACAAGUAUAUGAAAAACCAUGAAACUAAGCUUAAGGAAUACAGCAAGGAAUUCCUUUUAAAACUUGGUAAACUGGCUUUUGACAACAUUGAGAAAGGCAAUCUCAUAUUUUAUGAGCAUGACAUGACAGAGAAUGAUAUCGAUAUCACUGAAGCUUCCAUUUACUCUGGAGUGUGCACAGAAGUCUUUAAAGAGGAGUGUGGGUUGUAUCAGGAGAAGGUGUACUGCUUUGUGCAUCUGAGCAUCCAGGAGUAUCUCGCUGCUUUAUACAUGUUUCUGUCGAACUCAUCAGCUGAUCUGCUGAAGGCUGCAGUGAAUCAGGCAUUAAUGAGCAAGAAUGGACACUUGGACCUCUACCUCCGCUUCAUCCUGGGCCUCUCAACAUACUCCAGUAAGACUCUGUUACAAAGGCUACUGGGACAGACAAGAACCAGCUCACAUAACAUUAGGAUUACAGUGAAAUACAUCAGGGAGAAAAUAAAGGAGAAUUUAUCUCCAGAAAGGACCAUCAACCUGUUCCACUGUCUGAAUGAACUGGGUGACAAUUCUCUAGUAGAGGAAGUACAAAGAUACCUGAAUUCAGGAAACAUUUCAGCAGAAGACCUCUCACCUGCACAGUACUCAGCUCUGGCCUUUGUGAUGCUGAUGUCAGAUGAGGAGCUGGAUAUGUUUGACCUGAAGAAAUUAGUGAGAUCCGAUGAAGAGCAUUGGAGGCUGCUGCCUGUGAUCAAGACAUCUAAGACAGCUCUGCUGAACAGCUGUAAACUCACAGAGAAAUGCUGUGAGGCACUGGCUUCAGCUCUCAGAUCAAACUCCUCACCCCUGAGAGAGCUGGACCUGAGUAACAAUGACCUGCAGGACUCAGGAGUGAAGCUGCUCUCUGCUGGACUGGGUGAUUCGCACUGUAAACUGGAAAUACUG